AUGGAUGUGUAUACAAAUUCAGGUGGCCUUCAACGUAUUGUUGGUUAUGGCUCAAAUUCAGUUGUUAUCGCUCAUCAUAAUCAUGAUCAUCACAAUGAUUAUAAUCAUUUUUAUUCAGCAUCAACACCACCACGACCACCACCAAAAGCAACAUCUACUUAUCAAUUGGUACCUGUUGUAGUUGCAAAACCUACAAUUAUCAACGUGCCAGUUCAACAACAAAAAAAACAACAACACCAAUCACAAGCUAUUCGAGAUCCAUUUAUUCUUGAACAAUAUCGACCAAGUCGAGGAACAUCAGCAUAUAUUCCUAGAUAUAAUUCUCUUGAUGAUCCACAUAUGCAAGAUUAUUAUGCCAAAAAAUUUGGCCGACGACCGAAAUCAUCAAAGAAACGUUCAGCUCGUUCAGAUGCACUUUAUCGAAUAACAGUUAAAACAGCUAAUGUUAAAGAUGCUGGAACAACCGCAAAAGUAUUUUUAAGUAUAUUUGGAAGUAAAGAUAAAAUUUGUCGAAAAUUAUUAACACGUGAAACAAUGUUACGUGGUCAAACUCAACUUUCCUUAUCAUUAAAUGGUCUCGAUAAAACUUUUGAUAAUGAUUGGUAUAAUAUUGAAUAUAAACGUGGAGCUACAGAUGUUGUUUAUAUUCGUUGUCGAGAUCUUGGUGUUAUUCAUUAUAUUAAUCUUGAACAUACGGGUCUUUUAUUUGAACAAAGCUGGUUAUGUGAAUUCGUUUUAAUAACAAAUGUUCGUACAGGUCGUUCAUGGUUUUUUCCAUGUAAUAAAUGGUUAUCAUUAUUUCCACCUGGUGAUGGUUCUCUAUCGAUAGAACUUUUUCCUAAUGAUCGUGGAUUUGAUAAUAAUCUUAAAAAUAGAUUUGCACCAAAAGAGACCGAAUAUGAAAUUAUUGUUAUCACAGGUGAUAAAAGAGGUGCUGGUACAGAUAGUCAAGUUUAUGUAACGUUAUUUGGAGAUGAUGGAAAAAAAACAGAAAAACUUCAUUUAAAAAAAUCAGCUACUCAGAAAAAUCCAUUUGAACGUAAUCAAACAGAUGAAUUUCGUGUUAGAGGUGAUUAUAUUGGAGAAUUAGUUAAACUUCGUAUUGAACAUGAUAAUACGGGUCGACUUGCUGGAUGGUUUCUUGAUCGAAUUGUUGUAACAGAUAUGUUCGAUCCAAAAACAAAGUAUUUUGCAAAUUGUAAUAAAUGGUUAAGUAAAGAUGAAGGUGAUGGACAAAUAUCUCGAGAUCUUAUAUUAUAUAAAGAUAUUAAUAAAGGACAAAGAAGUAAUAAAUAUAAGAUAACAGUUUAUACAGGAAAAAAAAUGGGAGCUGGAACUGAUGCUGAUGUAUUUAUUACUCUUUAUGGUGAUUUAGGUCAAUCAGGUGCCAUUACGCUUGAUGAUAAAAAAAAUAAUUUUGAAUCUGGACAAAAAGAUGAAUUUACAAUUGAAUGUCCAAGUGUUGGCGAAAUAAAUAAAAUUUUAAUUGCACAUAAUAAUAAAGGUUCAGCACCUGGUUGGUUUUUAGAUCGUAUAAUAAUUGAAGAUCUUAAUGAAAAUCGUAUAUAUGAAUUUCCAUGUUAUAAAUGGUUAGCAACAGAUGAAGAUGAUGGACAAAUAUCUCGUUUUCUUUUUCCAAAAAAAGGUGGUGCUGAUGAUAAACAUGUAACAGCAGGUAUUCCUUAUAAUAUAACAAUUUAUACGGGUGACAAAUCAAAUGCUGGUACUGAUGCACGAGUUUAUAUUGUUAUGUAUAAUAAUGAAUUAUCAUCAAGUCAAAUAUUUUUAAGUGAUGGAAAAUUUGAAAGAAAAUCUGUUGAUACAUUUACAAUUGAUGGUCCAGAAAAUCUUAGUCCAUUAACUGCAUUAGAUAUUGGACAUGAUAAUACUGGCAUAGGACCUGGAUGGUAUCUUGAUAAGGCUGUUGUUAAUUGUCCAAGUACAGGUAUAGAACAGACAUUUCCUUGUAAUGCUUGGCUAGCUGAUGAUACUGGUGAUAAACGUAUUGAACGUCGAUUAAAAGAAGAUUUAUCAUUACGUAAAACUCGUCCACCAACUGUUCCAUGGUAUAUAUGGGUAUAUACAAGUGAUAUUAGAGGAGCAGGUACUGAUGCCGAAGUAAUUCUUGUUCUUUAUGGUCAUAAUGCAAAAUCUGAUAAUAUUAAAUUACGAAGUAAAUCUGAUACAUUUGAAGCUGGUCAAUGUGAUGAAUUUAAAGUUGAUGUAGCUGAUGUUGGAACACCAUUUAAAUUACGUGUUAGUCAUGAUAAUAAAAAAUUAUUUUCACCAUGGCAUCUUGAUCGAAUUGAAAUGGAAAAUCUUAACACAAAUAAACGAUAUAAAUUUCAUUGUGGAAGAUGGUUAUCAAAAGACGAUGAUGAUAAACAAAUUAUACGAGAAUUACCAGCUGAAGGUCCUGGAAUAUCAAAACCUUUACCUAUUGUUAAAUAUACGGUUGAUGUACAUACGGGAAAUAAAACUGGUGCUGGAACAGAUGCAAAUGUUUUUAUUAAUAUUUUUGGUGAAUGUGGUGAUACAGGAGAACGUCCAUUAGAAUAUUCAGUAAAAGGUGGAAAUAAAUUUGAAAAAAAUAAAGUUGAUAGUUUUAUUAUCGAAGCUGUUUCAUUAAAACAAUUACGAAAAAUUCGAAUUGGACAUGAUGGAUCUAAUCCGGGUGCUGGAUGGUUCUUAGAUAAAGUUGUUGUUCGUCCUGAAGAUCAACGUUAUGAAUCAGCAACAUUUGAAUGCAAUAGAUGGCUUGCUACUGAUGAAGAUGAUGGACAACUUGUUCGAGAAUUAACGCUUAAAACAGCAGCACAACAUUUAGAUAAAACAACAUAUAAUGUUAGAAUAAAAACUGGAGAUAUUUUUCGAGCUGGAACUGAUGCUGAUGUACAUUUGAAAAUUUUUGGUGAAAAUGGUGAUACAGAUAAAAUUCAACUUAGAACAGCUAAUAAUACAUCAAAUAAAUUUGAACAAGGACGUAUUGAUCAUUUCACAUUUGAAUUUGAUGAUCUUGGCAAAAUUCAACAUAUAAUUAUUGGACAUAAUGGAAAAAAUAUUGGAGCUGGAUGGUUUCUUGAUUGGAUAGAAAUUGAUAUACCAAUGCGAGGAGAACUUUAUAGAUUUGUCUGUAAUCGUUGGUUAGAUAAAAGCGAAGGCGAUGGUAAGAUUGAACUUGAUUUAACACCGUCUGAUGUAAUCAAGAAAACUCGUGUUAUGCCAUAUGAAGUAACAGUUUUUACUGGCGAUAAAUCGGGUGCUGGUACAGAUGCAGAUGUAUUUAUUCAAAUGUAUGGUUUAAAUGGUAAAACAGAAGAAAUUAUUUUGAAAAAUAAAUCAGAUUCAUUCGAACGAAAAUCGGUAGAUAAAUUUAAAAUAGAAGCACCUGAUAUAGGACAAAUACAAAAAAUUCGAAUUGGUCAUAAUUCAGAAAAAUUUGGUUCAGCAUGGUAUCUUGAAAAAGUACUUAUUCAACGACAUCUAAGUGAAGAACCUGAGAAACGAAAACGAGGUUUUAAAUCUGGUCGAUCACAACGUCUUAGUCAAAUAAGUGCAACCGAUCCAAAUGUUGAAGAAUAUUGGUUUGUUUGUCAACAAUGGUUUGAUAAAAGUUCAGGUGAUAAAGCAACUGUUCGAGAACUAUUACCAACUGAUGAACAAGGAAAAGUAUUAAGCGAUCGACAAGAACUAACAUAUGUGACACAUGUCUUUACUGGUGACAAGUCUGGAGCUGGUACAGAUGCAAAUGUUUUUCUAACAAUCUAUGGUGCAUCUGAAGAUACAGGUGAACGUGAACUACGACAAUCGAAAACAAAUAGGAAUAAAUUUGAAAGAAAUCAAGAAGAUGUUUUUGAAAUCAAAGCUGCAGCAUUAGGCAAAUUGAAAAAAAUUAAAAUUCGACAUGAUGAUUCAAAUAUUGGUUCUGCAUGGUAUCUUGAUCGAGUGGAAAUUACUGAUCCAGAAACAAAUCAACUAUAUCAUUUUGUCUGUCAAAAAUGGUUGGCUACUGAUAAAGAAGAUGGAUUAAUAUCUCGUGAAAUUCCUGCACUUGAAAAUAAAGCACUACGUUUAGCAGCGGCACGUGAAAGUUCUGCUGGAUCAUCAGUUGAUUACGGUUUAGAAAUGAAAACACAUAUUCAUCGUGCCAUAGCAACUACUUAUAAAAUUAGUGUUAUUACAUCGAAUGAAUUUGGUAGUGGUACAAAUGCCAAUGUUUAUAUUAUCAUAUUUGGAGAGCAUAAUGAUACAGGUAAAGUUCCAUUAAUGACAUCAAAAACUCAUAAUGAUCCAUUCGAACGAGGUCAUACUGAUGAAUUUGAAAUUGAAGCUAUGGAUAUUGGUGAACCAAAAAAGAUAAAAGUUGGUCAUGAUGAUUCAGGUUUUCGAUCAGAUUGGUUAUUAGAACGUGUUGAAAUCGAUGUACCUAAAUUUGGUCGCACAUGGAUAUUUCCAUGUGGAAAAUGGUUAAGUACAUCGAAAGGUGAUUGUCAAUUAGAAGCUGAACUUUAUCCACAAACUAUGGCAACUGAAGUUUAUACACCAUAUGUUCCAUAUGAAAUAAAAGUUUUUACAUCAAAAGUUUCUGGUGCUGGAACAGAUGCUAAUAUUCAUAUUGAAAUAUAUGGUGUCGAAAAAACAACUGGUCAAAUUAUGUUAUGUGGUAAAACAGAUCGGAAAGACAAAUUUCAAACAGGUUCAAUUGAUACAUUUGUACAUGAACUUGAAGAUGUUGGCAAAGAUAUUGAAAAAAUUCGUAUUGGACAUGAUAAUCGUGGUUUUGGUGCAGCAUGGCAUUUAGAUCAUGUUGAAAUUCGUCGAUUAGAUAAAAAUCAAAAAACUAAAACAUUUAUAUUUCCAUGUCGUCGUUGGCUUGCUAAAAAUGAAGAUGAUGGAAGUAUUGUACGUGAACUUAUUCCAGAAAAAGUUAUUGAAGAAAAACUUGAUAAAAGUGGACAAUUACAAGUUCGAGAAAGAGAAGUUCAAGAUCACCUUGAAAUGAAACAAUAUGUAGUUGAUGUUUAUACAGGAGAUAAAUUUGGUUGUGGUACAGAUGCAAAUGUUUAUUGUACAAUUUAUGGUGAUAAAGGUGAUACAGGCGAACGUGAAUUAUCACAUUCUGAAACACAUAAAGAUAAAUUCGAAAGAAAACAUAUGGAUAGAUUUAAACUUGAAUGUGCAGAUUUAGGAAAUGUUUUUAAACUUAAAAUACGACAUGAUAAUGGUGGAAUAUCACCUGAUUGGCUUUUAUCUAAAGUUGAAGUUAAAGAUGAUAUAAGAACAUAUGUAUUUUAUUGUGAACAAUGGUUAGCUAAAAAAAAAGAUUCAAAACUUGAACGAACACUUUAUGAAAAAGAUUAUCAAGGUUCAAUGAGUAGUCUAGGAUCUAUACCUCGUUCUGUAACUGGUUCCAAAGUAAGUUUAGCAUCAAAUGAAAGUGAUAGUAAAAAUGAACCAUUUCGACGUCCUCAACGUAAAAAUAUUAUGUCAAGUAUAGCUGAAGAAAGUCGAGAUACAACUGAAGAAGGUAUUCCUUAUACUGUUAAAGUUAAAACUGGAGAAAAAUCAGAUGCUGGUACAGCAGCAAAUGUAUUUAUACGUUUAAUUGGUCGUAAAGGUCGACACACAGGUUUAAUACCAUUAGAAUUAAUGCAACGAGGACAUUUUGAACCUGGAAAAGUUGAAACAUUUUCUUUACAAGAACCUGAUAUUGGUGAUUUAGAAGUUGUUGAAAUUGAACAUGAUGGUGAAACAUUAGCUGAUAGUUGGUUUCUUGAUGAUAUUACUAUUGAAAUGCCAACAAAAGGACGAGCAUUUUAUUUUACUUGUCAUGAAUGGUUAUCAAAACAUAAAGGUGAUGGUCGAACGAAACGUACACUUAAAGUACAAGAUUCUAAUCAAUCAUCAUUUCAACCUUUAAUUCCAUAUGAAAUAACUCUUUAUACAGGAGAUAUUGAACAUGCUGGUUGUGAUUGUGAUGUUAGUUUAAAAUUAUUUGGUACAACAGGUUCAUCAUCUGAACAUGUUAUUAAAAAAGAUGAAGGACUUUUUGAACGAGGAGCUAUUAAUCAAUUUAAAUUUGAAUUAGAUGAGGUUGGUAAACUAAUUAAAUUACGUGUAACAAUAAUACCAAAACAUAAAAAAAGUCGAAAUCGAUGGUAUUUACAAAAUAUUGAACUUGUUAAAUGUACAAAACAAAAUGAACGACAAGAAACAUAUUUCUUUGGUCUCAAUGAUUGGAUAUCACAUGAAACAGAUUAUCAUCGUGAUAUACCACUAACUAAAGGUGGAAAAGCUUUAUUAAAUAAUACAAAUUAUCGUGUAACAACUAAAACUAGUAAUAUAGAUGAUGCAGGUUGUGAUUCAGAUAUAUCUAUUGUUAUUUUUGGUCAAAAUGGUGAUAGUGGAGAAUUAAAAUUAGAAAAUUCUUCAACACAUAUGAAUAAAUUUGAACGUGAUCGUGAAGAUAUAUUUACAUUUGAAAAUAUUUUAAGUUUGGGUGAAUUAACCAAAUUACGUGUAUCAAAUAGUGAAUCAUCAUUCCUCAAAAAAUCUUGGCAUUUAGAACAUGUUAAAAUUGAUGAUAUACAAACAGGACAAUCAUAUAUGUUUCCAUGUAAUAAAUGGUUAUCCUCGAAAAAAGAUGAUCACCAAAAUGUACGUGAACUUGUAUGUAGUAAUGAUUCAACUAGUUCAAGUCGACGAGGAUCAUUAACACCAGGUGGUAAAGUUCCAUAUGAAAUUGAAGUUGUUACUUCAGAUAAACAAAAUGCUGGAACAACACAACAUGGAUGGAUUAUUAUUGAAGGAAAUAAAAAGAGAUCAGAAAAAUUUUAUAUGAAAAAUACACCACAUAGAAAAAUUUUACGAGGUGGACAAACGGAUGCAUUUACAUUUGAAUGUCGACCACUUGGUGAAUUACGUCGUAUUAUAUUAGGCCAUGAAGAACGGCCAGAAUAUCCACUUAAAUCAUAUGAAGGUCGUGAAGCUAAAUGGCAUGUUGCACAUAUUACUAUUACUGAUCCUUCAACAAACACUAAAUAUGAAUUUUCUAUAAAACAAUGGAUUGAUAUUAACAAUGAUGGUGAUGCAUUUGACUGUGCUGAUAAACAAGAAGAUGCUAUAACACAACAACGUCAUCGUCAAUCAAUUAAAUAUAAAAUUAUUGUUAAAACAGGUGAUGUUGAUGGGGCUGGUACAGAUGCUAAUGUAUCAAUUAUUCUUUAUGGUACUCUUGGUGAUACGGGUACUCGACAAUUAAAACAAAAAGGUCGAAAUUUAUUUGAACGUAAUCAAGUUGAUGAAUUUGUUAUUGAAUGUUUAGAUUUAGGUAAACUAAAUAAAUUACAUAUUGAACAUGAUAAUGCUUUAUUUUCACCUGAUUGGUUUCUUGAUAAAGUUGAAGUUAUUAAUAUGGAGACAGAUGAAAAAGUUGGAUUUCCAUGUCAUCGAUGGCUUGGUAAAAAGCAUGAUGAUCAUGAAAUUCAACGAGAUUUAUUACCUAUGAAUGAUUAA